GUUGAAAUGGAGGAGCCAGCUAUGACAUCGAUCAAGGUCCACGUGAUCGCGUUGAAUCCUCGAGUUGUCCACCCCUUUGACAGUCAUUUCGAAGUGCACUCGAGAUUAUGGGUUUUUGCAGACGCUGUGGGAACAUCGUUACAGGAGACCGUUGUAGAUGUGGUGGACUGGCAGUUGCCCCCGUUGUCCCGUGGAAUCAGAGCAAUCCGAAGGAGAAGACUCAAGAUCGAUGGUCAAAGACCUAUGUUUCGAAGGAUAGGUCUCCGAGUCCAACACGGGCGGACUCGCCGACAACUGCCACGACCUCCACCAGUACCACACCUGCCCCGAGUUCAUCGCCUACGAAACGAUUUCCUCGGCCGAUGUCGCAGUCCUCCCAGAGUCCGCUCAGCAACCGGGUUUCCGCAUACAUAACAGCGACGACCACCGGACCGCAGUCCUCUCGUCCUCCCUCUCCUCUCAAGUAUUCGUCACUGGCCGCAGCGGAAUCGGGCAUCUUGCCGUCCCUUCACGACAACGGCGCCACACUAGCCAAAGUGUAUGGCUCAGUACUGCAACCGAGGGAAACACUGCCCGUGCAAGCAUGUGCGCGCUGUGGCUCUCAUUUCUCCCCAACGGAGUCCACUAUUUAUCCGGAUCCUAAUGACGCCACUGGAGGAACACCGCGGUUCUUAUGCCGGAACUGCUUCGUGAAUAAUGGAGGGUCCAGGGGUCCCUGUGCUGAAUGCUCAAGGCCAGUGUUGAUCCUCAAGUCGGAUGGUGGUUUUGUUCAUGCCGGGGACCGAUUUUGGCACAAGAAGUGUUUCAUGUGCGAUGGGUGCGAUAAAUACAUCGGUGACUCACCGAUGGUGGAUUUGCUUGGUCGUCCGUCCUGUUCAGAUUGUUUCGACACCUGUCUGGAGAGAGAUUCAACCCCCAAGAAGAAGAAGCGACACAGUACGAGCAGUUCUACUGUCGAUCGGAAUCUGGGCGGAAUGGCCAGUCACUCGAAGAGCAAGAGUCGCGAGGGCAGUCCUGCGCUGGAGGAACUGGAGCAACGUUUGGGUAUAGUGAGGACGAGGGAGGCUAGCCCCGCUUUGGAAGAGCUGUCCCAACGUCUGAGCAUGGUUGGCAAAGAAUCUCCUGGAAGGAGUCCCCAGCCCUCCAGAUACUCUACACCUGGCCGCGAGGACAGUCCGUUUAGGCGCUCACGAACGAAGAGUGACCCUCUCGCUGAAUUCAGUCCAAGUCCCAGUCGAAGAUACACUGGCCCUCAAAUGGAUGGGCCCCCUUCGCCUUUGAGAUAUGCGUCCAAGAGCCCCAGUCCCACUCGCGAAAGCCCUGGCCCGUCUGAAGACGCUAUUGCAGAGAUGAAACGCAGAUUCUCCAACGGCCCAGUCUCGACGUCGCCUUCAGGCUCUCCUCUUCCCAAACCACGACUGCGGCACGCUCGGUCAUCAGGCCGUCUGUCCAGCUCUGCAUCAUCUGUUCCUGAUCUCACAUCCGACUCCUCCGAUGCGACGUCGUCUGCUGGGCCAGACUCGCCGCCCAGGGGCAGCGGUAGUGUUUAUGACGUGGAUCCAUACAGUGCUGCCAAGGUGUUUACAUCUGGAUACGGAUCCAGGUACACCAGGGAACUGAAAGACGACCACGACAUCAUUGUGGAGGAGACCAAGAGCCAAUUGAACACCCCAGCACAUACACCCACUCACACACCCAAAUCGACCGUCAAAUCCAAGUCCACUCCUAGCAAGAGUCCCAUUCCUUUCAACGCCAGGUCCCCGAAGGGACUGUCUGUCACACCGAGCAAGCUAACGAGUUCCUCCAACUGCUUCAAAUGUCGCCGGUCUCUAUUCUCGGUCGAGGAGGGCGGGCGAUAUGUCACCGUACCCGACGACGUGACCGGAGAGCCGCUUACUUAUCACACUGAUUGUUUCGUUUGUGUGGUUUGUAGUCUCCCUUUCAAAGAAGGGGCUGUUGGCCAGGCGCUAUUCGUCAAAGGUCCACUCGGCCCUUCGCAUGUUCAAUGUGCUCCCCCAGAGAAGGUUGCGAUCCGUACUGUGCCAACAUCCAAGCUCCCUGUCUCCAUCUUUUCGUCCCGAUCACCUCACAGCUCGCCUCAAAGCAAGACACCCGAGGUCAAGACAGCCUCCAUCGCCACGUCGGGUAGGUUUGACCGCCCACCUGUGACAGCUCCAGCCAGCACAACCCCAAUAUCGUUCCCGCGCUUCGGCGCCCCGAAUGCUUGUCCUGGGUGUCACGUUGCUGUCUCUGUCAUGGAGCGCGGUGUUGUACAAGGCCCACAAGGAUCCCGAUGGCACGCAUCCUGCCUUGUUUGUGGUGGAAAGAAGCCGCCUAGCAAAGGAUGGCUGGGCCGAGAUGAACGAAAGAAGGGUGUCCCCGGUUGCGGCAAGAAGUUGGACAGUGCCGCCAAAUCCGACAUCAAGGGCAUGGUUUGGUGCAGAGAAUGCUCACUUCUGUUGCCUCUGGAGAUGAGAGGUUCACCCCAUGGCUCGCCGACGAGGGGCCCCAUUGUUCCCUCCAACACCGGCUCAAGCAGCAAGAUCACAGCACAGAUGACCGGAACCACGACGAUCGCCCGGCAAUUUACAGGGCACAGCAUGCACAGUCUUGACUCUCGCAGCUCAAGCCCUAUCAAAGGUCUCACUCAUCAGUGGACUGGGCCUUCGCGCAGUAUCAGCCCUACCAAAGGUCUCGGCGGAGGCCCGCUGAACCCAACCCGCAGCAUCAGUCCCACCAAAGGACAGACGCUACGCCCCAGGCCGAAAAGUGUCGUUGGCAUCCGUAAUACUAAUAUUGUACGUCAAAUGACUGGCGGAUCCAUCCUGUAGAAUUUUCUUGGACUAAAUCAUCUGGGAUCUGUACUUACUCAUGCUGAAACUGAAUGCGAUGUUUACA